AUGUCGGACGCGUCUUUGACCACAAUUGCAGCCACGACAAUACCUGAGCGAACAGGCACAGCAGGUGGUAUCACAUCUUUUGUCCCUCUAACAUCGGCAUUCACAGCGAAUCCAACUUGCAGCGAUUUAUUUGUGAAUUAUCCCAACAGUGCUCACUUGAUGGGUUGGGACCCUUCGUAUGGUGAGAAGGCUGAUGCAUUUUAUGACUGCAACCCGUCCAUCGUAUCGCAAUGGUUCGCGCAGUCAGAAAAGAGCGGAGGAAAAGCCGGCAAUUGUGUGAUGGCUGUCAGCUCUGGCCAAAUCCUCACCUACGCCUCCCCAACAGCAAGCUCCCUCUACCAUAUUUUCACAACUACUAUGACGUCUCGCUCGACUGUCGGUGCGUUUGCCAUCACAGGAUGGAAUGUCAACUAUGUUCGGAGUUUGGCAUCUUCAACUUCAACUUCAACUUCCUCGGACAAUACUACGUCAGACGCCACGAGCGGUAAUUCGUCAACCUCUGCAAUUUCCGGGCCGGAGGAGCUACAUGGCCAGGAUCUCCCGCAUGAGAUGGACCAUGCUCAUAUGGUGGCUGAGUUACCUACCGAGCAUGAGACGCGGUACGAACUUGACGGUCAAGAAGACUCGGAAGAGAAGAAUAAAUAA